AGAACAGACAAGAGAGGACAUAUGGAAUCUGCCUACAUGUAAUAAUAAUACAAAUAGCAAGCCACAAAAAUAUAUUCAAAGGUUGCCGCCUUGAACUUCUUUAUGCUGCAGCUUAUGGAAUCUAACCGGUGCCUGGCAAAGCAAUUCUCCGUGUAGGAGGAAGCAGAUUGGUCUGAAGCAGAAGAUAAAGAUGAACAGUACACCCAGUCUUUGAGUGUGUGAUUAACCCUGUCAGGGUGCUGGUGGCUGAGAUACUGUUUGUUUGAGUUUUUUGGACCUUUAAACUUCAUCUCUACCUGAGGAGUUGCUCGCCAUGGAAGCCACUAGCUGGUGUCGAUUAGCACUGCUGCUGAGCAGUGUCACCCUGAAAGAUUUUCCUCAAUAUGUGUCAGCCUUCUCUGUGAGUGGCUAUGGUGAGACCGAGUUAAAGGACGCCAGGGAUGAAAGCAUCAGAAACUGCACAGUUACACCUCCGUACUUACCACCAACUGUCGUCCACACCACCCAGAGGCUGAUGUCCCUCAGACAGCAGAUGACCAUCUACAACAUCAGCGCCUACAUCAUCCCCUCCAACGAUGCUCAUCUGAGUGAAUACAUUGCAAAGCGAGAUGGAAGACAAGAAAUGAUAUCUGGAUUUUCUGGAUCAGCAGGUACAGCCGUGGUGACUUCAAACCGAGCCAUGCUCUGGACAGACAGCCGAUACUGGAUUCAAGCAAAGAGACAAAUGGAUUGCAACUGGGAAUUGUAUGAGGACUCCUAUAUAAAUACAAUCAUCGAAUGGCUAAUUCAAGAAAUUCCAGCAAAGAAGGCAAUAGGAUUUGAUCCCUUCCUCUUCUCUUUAGACACUUGGGAAGCUUACAACGCUGGUCUAUCAAAGGCUGAUCUGACACUGAAGUCCAUUCCUGAUAACCUUGUAGAUGAAAUCUGGACUGAUCGGCCCCCACCACCUCUCAAAGCAAUUGAGCGCCUCCCUGAUGAAUUUAUUGAAAGAACCUGGCAGGAGCGAGUGGCUGAAAUUCGAAAUCAGAUGCAGGAAAACAUACAUAAACCAACUUCUGUGCUCCUCUCUGCAUUGGAUGAAACUGCCUGGUUGUUUAACCUGAGAGGAGAUGACAUUCCCUAUAACCCUUUCUUCUACUCCUACACUCUACUGAGCAAAAAUGAAAUCUGGUUGUUUGUGGAUCCCAGUCGAAUUACCGACAACAUCAAGACAUACUUGAAUGCAUUCUGCAAUAAUUCUGACUGUGUGCAGAUACUGGACUACCAUUCUGUCCGUUCCCAUGUGGAAACAUAUUGCAAAGGUGACGUCAAGGUGUGGAUUGGAACAGCAUUCACAAACUAUGGGAUUUAUGAAGUUAUUCCCCAGGAAAAACUGGUUCUGAGUGAAUACUCUCCAGUGCUCAUCACCAAGUCCGUAAAGGAUGAAACUGAACAGAGAAUCCUAAAGGAGGCCCAUGUGAGAGAUGCCGUGGCCGUCAUUCAGCUUCUGGUCUGGCUAGAGGAGAAUGUCCCAAAGGGCACAGUUGAUGAAAUAAUGGCUGCUGAGUAUGUGGAUAAGAUGCGUAGUCAUCAACCACAUGCAAAGGGGUCAAGCUUUGCGACCAUUUCUGCCAGUGGCCCAAAUGCUGCAUUGGCUCAUUACAGCCCCAAUGAGAACAGCAGUCGGAGGCUGAGUGUUGACGAGAUGUAUCUCAUUGAUUCUGGAGGACAAUAUCUGGAUGGCACCACUGACAUUACAAGGACUCUACACUGGGGAACUCCUUCAGAAUUCCAAAAGACAGCCUACACCAGAGUUCUUAUGGGCAACAUUGACUUGUCAAAGCUCAUUUUUCCUGAUGGCACAAGAGGUAGAAACAUUGAGAUGCUGGCUCGGCAGGCACUCUGGAAAGUUGGUCUGAAUUAUGGUCAUGGAACAGGGCAUGGAAUUGGGAACUACUUUUGUGUUCAUGAAUGGCCUGUUGGGUUUCAAGGUAACAAUAUUGGCAUGCGCCCAGGGAUGUUCACUUCUAUAGAGCCAGGAUUUUACAUGGAUGGUGAAUUUGGGAUUCGAAUUGAAGAUAUUGCUCUUGUGAUCCAGGCUGAAACACAGUUUGGUACCACCCCAUACCUCACAUUCAAGACAGUCUCUCUGGUCCCAUAUGACAGGAAACUCAUUGACACCUCCAUCAUGAUGAAGGAGCAGAUUGAAUGGCUGAAUGAUUACUACCAAGAGAUUCGCAAAGUGGUUGCACCGAAACUAAAGGAGCAGCAGCUGACAAAAGAAUACAAUUGGCUGCAAAAAAACACAGAGCCCUUUGAAUCUGGCAGCCUUGUGACAAGAGCCUCAGUCCUCAGCGUGGCAGCGGCCUUCAUUUCAAAUGCCAUCGUGUUGCAAAGUAUUUGCUAAAAACUUUCAUCUAAUUGGCACUGCAGCUUUGGAUGGUCAGUUUUACUGAAAAUUUGGAUUCAGGAUUUUAAUAAGUUAUAACUAAACUAAAAUGUGUAUUUUUUUUCCUUAAUUAAAAUUAUUGUGUUGGUUUUUGAUUAGUACCUAAAAUGAAACAAAUCUAUUUAUUCACACAUGCGGUAUAAGAUGAUAUGUUCUCAUAUAUUCACAAAAAAAGCAUAUCUGCUGGAUGACAACAUAAUGAAAGCAGCAUUCUUCUACUCUUUGUUUUUAAAGAAAAAGUGACUACAAUUUGGAUCCUGUAUGAUCAAAGGUCCAGGUUUUAACUUAAACAUUUCCCCUAUUUCUAUUUGUGCUGCUACAACAGAGCAUGAGGUAAGGAUCAGAGCGUGGGACCGAGAUUGUCAUAAAGUGCAAUAGCAUAAAAUGUCAUGUGGACUAUGUUGUGAUUAUUAUAGCUCUGGAGAAGACUAAAUGAUUCAUUGACUGAAUUGUUAUAAUCUAGAAACUCAGUAUGUGCACAGUAUGUGUCUCAAAACCAAAUCCCCGAUAAAGUAUCAGAACUUAUGAAAGAAUUAUGAUGUAAAGAACAUUUAAAAACUUCAUCCUAUUUGUUCCCUCAGUCUCAAUAAACUCUCCCUCAGCCCUG